AUGCCGGCCCUCACCAUCUCGACCGACAAACCCACCAGGUCCCGGUCAACAUCCCCCCUUCGUCCUCCCAUGUCCCCAAUCACGCCUCCCUUGGCUCCGGCAAGACCUUCCGAUGCCCCUCCGGCUGCAGCAAAUCUCCCUCCAGCAAGACAGACCUAUACCCAUUCCUCGCAGCCGUCUCAGCAGAUAGGCAUCCCGCCGCCUCCUCCCGAGCCCAUAGAUUUCGAGCUCAACCCUGAUGUUAUUGCUCUCAAGUCUGCUAUUUCCGUUCUCCAAGUCCAGAAGAGACGGGCCACGGGGGACAUUCAGACGCUGAGCAGAGUCAGAGACGAGGCACUGGACGACCCGGAGUCGUUUAUGAAGGAUCUUGCCGCCGGGAAGGUGAAGCCACGGGAUGACUAUGUCUUUGAAACUGCCGACAGCGACGAGGAUGACGAGAAUGCUGGCCAGGAGAGCUCGGAUGGCAAGCGCUCGUCUCGGCCAGACGGAGAAUCAAAGCCAAGAGAGUGGUCGUCAUUACCAAAGCCUCAGGAUGUCGUUCGUUGCCCUCCCAUAAACUGGGCGCAAUAUGCCGUCGUCAGUGAUUCACUAGACAAGCUCCACGCCGAACAGGUGGCACGCCCUUCUCAAGGAUCGCCCGCUGUCUUUGGAUCCAACGGGACGUAUGAUAUAAAGAAUGAAGGGAAACAGGAAAAAUACAGUGGCGUGGCCGCACCUUACGCCCCCGGCAAAGACCGGAUUGACCGGAAAUCAAAGGGCAAGAAGUAA